ACACACUUCUCUAUAUUUUACUCCCACAAACACAACUUGUUAGUUAGUUACCUUUCAAGUUUCAAUUCUUUCAUUUGAUUAUUUUUCAUAUAAAAUAAUCUUUCCAUUUUUCCUAUAAAUAUUUGCUUUUUCAACUGCACAUUACCACUCACUAGUAUCAGUUUUCAUUUCACAAAAGAAAAAAGAAACCAAUUGAUUCUUUCAUCAAAACUCUCUCAAAAAUUUCACAAAAACUUUCUUAUAGUUUCUUCAACUUCUCAAAUAUCUUCAUAGCUUCAUCAUCAUCAAGAUCAUGGAUAUUGCUCAUUUUGUAUUCGGAUUAUUUGGAAAUGCUUUUGGUCUUUUUCUCUUCUUGGCUCCAAUAAUCACUUUCAAGAGAAUUAUUGUGAACAAAUCAACAGAGAAAUUCUCAGGUGUUCCUUACACUAUGACACUUCUCAACUGUCUUCUUUCUGCUUGGUAUGGUUUACCAUUUGUGUCACCAGACAACAUGCUUGUAACAAUCAUCAAUGGAGCAGGAGCAGUUAUUGAAAUCAUAUAUGUUUUCACUUUCAUCUUGUUUGCACCUAAAAAGGAGAAGUUGAAAAUAAGUGGCUUAUUUGCCAUUGUGAUGACAAUUUUCUCUGCUGUUGUUUUCAUCUCUCUGUUUGCUCUUCAUGGUAAUUCAAGGAAAGUGUUUUGUGGUUUUGCUGCUGCAAUAUUUUCCAUCAUUAUGUAUGGUUCACCACUCUCAAUUAUGAGAUUAGUGAUCAGAACCAAAAGUGUGGAGUUCAUGCCAUUCUUCCUUUCACUAUUUGUGUUUCUUUGUGGUACCUCAUGGUUUGUCUUUGGUCUAUUGGGUCGUGACCCAUUUAUUGCAGUACCAAAUGGUGUAGGGUCAGCAUUAGGGACAUUGCAACUAAUAUUGUAUUUCAUAUAUCGUAAGAAUAAAGGAAAUGCAAAAACAAAAACAACACAAGAAGAAUCAAUGGAAAUGGGCACCGCAAAACCAUCCAAAAAUGCAAUGGGAGAUGAAGAAGAACUCAAAGGGGACACGUCUUAGUUAAGGACACGUGUGUUAGUUUACAAAGAUCAUUCUUCAUACUCAUGACACAAAUUAGAUCAACAUAAUAAUAAUCCUCGGUUAUGUUUGUCACUAUUUGUCUCACACCAAUUAAUGUAGUACGUAGCACUUUUAUUUUGUUUUCUAUAUAUGUUUGUGAUAUUGAUGAUGAUGAUGUUCAUCAAUGGUUUGUUUGUAAUUUUUACUUCUUUGUUAUGGCAAUCGUUAUGAUUUAGAUUUCUAGUUUAUCCAAUGAUGUAUGUUUUGAAAUUUAAUUAGAACAAAUUAUCUACAUGCAUUGGUCAAGUCUCAUAUUGAAAGUUACUUUUGAUACCCUUUUAAUUCUA